AGAGAGGGUGAGUGACUGGUCCAAGACCACACAGCCAGCAGGUGGCUGAGGCAGGACUCAAAGGGCUAGCAAAGGAGCAAGUCUGGAACUCAAACCCAGUUCUGACUCCAGCUCUGUGCUCCUUCUCUCGCACCCCGACCCUGGGUGGGGGCCUCGCUCCCCACCCAGCUGAAACAAUCAACGACCCUCUGGUAGACCAGGACUUCUCUUCAUCGAAGUCUUAGGUAGCCACGCUUGCCAGGAGAAGGCCUUUCUUCCUUCACCCUCCCUGGACAGAUCCGGGUCAACUGGAGGUGGCGGGCGAGAGGACCGAUCCGCAGGGCGGUGGCGGGCGCAGGGCGAGGCUGUGCAGCGAACGGAAGAGGCUCCGGGACCGCCUCGCGUUCCAGCAGCGGCGCGGGGUGGGUGGGGCGGGAGUGCCGGGCCUCCGCCCCCUCCGCCUGCCUUUCCUUCCUCCCUCCCUCGGUCCCCGGGGCCGGCGGACCCGCGGGCAGGCACUGCCCGGGCUGGACGACGUCUGGCCGGCUCCCGGCGAAGGGCAGCGGAGGAGCGGCCCAGAGCGCGCAGCUAGGGCACUGGCGAAACCCCGGGACUGUCCCUCUCCGUGCGGGGGUCGCGCAGAGCAGUCCCAUCCCCGGGGUCCCGGGCGCGGCUGACUGCCGGCUGGUUCCCUGCGCGCAGUAGCUCCCCGAGCCGGGCCGCACCGGAGGCGGCGAGAUGGUCGCGCGCGUCGGCCUCCUGCUGCGCGCCCUGCAGCUGCUACUGUGGGGCCACCUGGACGCCCAGCCCGCGGAGCGCGGAGGCCAGGAGCUGCGCAAGGAGGCGGAGGCAUUCCUAGAGAAGUACGGAUACCUCAAUGAACAGGUCCCCAAAGCUCCCACCUCCACUCGAUUCAGCGAUGCCAUCAGAGCGUUUCAGUGGGUGUCCCAGCUACCUGUCAGCGGCGUGUUGGACCGUGCCACCCUGCGCCAGAUGACUCGUCCCCGCUGCGGGGUUACAGAUACCAACAGUUAUGCGGCCUGGGCUGAGAGGAUCAGUGACUUGUUUGCUAGACACCGGACCAAAAUGAGGCGUAAGAAACGCUUUGCAAAGCAAGGUAACAAAUGGUACAAGCAGCACCUCUCCUACCGCCUGGUGAACUGGCCUGAGCAUCUGCCGGAGCCGGCAGUUCGGGGCGCCGUGCGCGCCGCCUUCCAGUUGUGGAGCAACGUCUCAGCGCUGGAGUUCUGGGAGGCCCCAGCCACAGGCCCCGCUGACAUCCGGCUCACCUUCUUCCAAGGGGACCACAACGAUGGGCUGGGCAAUGCCUUUGAUGGCCCAGGGGGCGCCCUGGCGCACGCCUUCCUGCCCCGCCGCGGCGAAGCGCACUUCGACCAAGAUGAGCGCUGGUCCCUGAGCCGCCGCCGCGGGCGCAACCUGUUCGUGGUGCUGGCGCACGAGAUCGGUCACACGCUUGGCCUCACCCACUCGCCCGCGCCGCGCGCGCUCAUGGCGCCCUACUACAAGAGGCUGGGCCGCGACGCGCUGCUCAGCUGGGACGACGUGCUGGCCGUGCAGAGCCUGUAUGGGAAGCCCCUAGGGGGCUCAGUGGCCGUCCAGCUCCCAGGAAAGCUGUUCACUGACUUUGAGACCUGGGACUCCCACAGCCCCCAAGGAAGGCGCCCUGAAACGCAGGGCCCUAAAUACUGCCACUCUUCCUUCGAUGCCAUCACUGUAGACAGGCAACAGCAACUGUACAUUUUUAAAGGGAGCCAUUUCUGGGAGGUGGCAGCUGAUGGCAACGUCUCAGAGCCCCGUCCACUGCAGGAAAGAUGGGUCGGGCUGCCCCCCAACAUUGAGGCUGCGGCAGUGUCAUUGAAUGAUGGAGAUUUCUACUUCUUCAAAGGGGGUCGAUGCUGGAGGUUCCGGGGCCCCAAGCCAGUGUGGGGUCUCCCACAGCUGUGCCGGGCAGGGGGCCUGCCCCGCCAUCCCGAUGCCGCCCUCUUCUUCCCUCCUCUGCGCCGCCUCAUCCUCUUCAAGGGUGCCCGCUACUACGUGCUGGCCCGAGGGGGACUGCAAGUGGAGCCCUACUACCCCCGAAGUCUGCAGGACUGGGGAGGCAUCCCUGAGGAGGUCAGCGGCGCCCUGCCGAGGCCCGAUGGCUCCAUCAUCUUCUUCCGAGAUGACCGCUACUGGCGCCUCGACCAGGCCAAACUGCGGGCGACCACCUCGGGCCGCUGGGCCACCGAGCUGCCCUGGAUGGGCUGCUGGCAUGCCAACUCGGGGAGCGCCCUGUUCUGAAGGCACCUCCUCACCUCAGAAACUGGUGGUGCUCUCAGGGCGAAAUCAUGUUCCCCACCCCCGGGGCAGAACCCCUCUUAGAAGCCUCUGAGUCCCUCUGCAGAAGACCGGGCAGCAAAGCCUCCAUCUGGAAGUCUGUCUGCCUUUGUUCCUUGAAGAAUGCAGCAUUGUCUUUGUCUGUCCCCACCACAUGGAGGUGGGGGUGGGAUUGAUCUUAGGAAAAGCAAAAAAGGGUCCCAGAUCCCUUGGCCCUUUCCUCCAAGGACUUCUAUCCUCCCCAGGCCUUUGUUUCUUCUGCUAAAGGCACAGUUCCUUUCAAGAGGUAACAGCACUGGGAUCCAAGCAGGGGGAUGAAAAACUCAACAGAGAAAUUCGAGACCAUUUUGCAAGACUGUGCCCUUCUCCUCAGGACCCCCUGGCUCAGUUCUUGAAAAACGGUGUCAUAUUUAGUCAGAGGCCCCACCCCCAGGAAGCAUGGAUGGGGAUGAAGGCACAGGCGUCUCCAACCUCAGAGGCCCUUUGUGGGGUCAGGACACAGAGUGGGAGGGAGACUGAUGCAGGCCUACCAGUCCCUGGCUUUUUGUCUGGGGCUAGAAUAAAGAGGUGCCUUCAGCUGGUGGGCCGAGAGGCAGGAAGCAGCCUUCCUUGGA